CACUUUUCCCUUUUUCUUUUUUUCUUCUCCUCAGCAGAAACGGAAGACUUGGAGAACCCGGCUCGAACCGAACAAGGCUCGUGUAGUCUAAAUGCACUCAACCGAACACGACGGAACACCGGGAAAUAGAGCGACAUACUCUCACCACUGAGCGAGAGAGAGAGACAAUGUGAAGAUCUUUAGGUGUCACAGUUCUGGACCAGGAAGAAAAAAAAACAGAGACCGGGAAAGAUGGCGAAGCAGCAGACGGGCACGUUCCUCGCCCUGGCUUUGCUGGGCUUUUUCUUCCUCGAUGCGUCGGUGAAAGGAGAGUUACAGGGGCCGCAACAGGAGGAGGAGGAGGAGGGGGAGGAGAGGUCCUGUCAGGGCGCCUUCGACCUCUAUUUUGUCCUGGACAAAUCUGGCAGUGUAAAGAAUCACUGGAAAGAGAUUUACUCAUUUGUUGAGCAGGUAGCAGAGAAAUUUAUCAGCCCCAUGCUGCGAAUGUCUUUCAUUGUCUUCUCCACAAAAGGAACCAUCAUACUGGAACUGACGGAGAAUAGGGAAGCUAUCACAAGAGGCUUAACAGCCCUGAGGAGGGUGGUCCCCGGAGGAGACACAUUCAUGAACUUAGGCCUGGAGAUGGCUAAUACACAGAUAUAUCAAGAGAAGCACGGCACGGCCAGUGUUAUCAUCGCUCUAACGGACGGGGAACUGAAUGAGUGGCAGUUCGACACAGCUCAACGAGAGGCUGAGAGGGCCAGGACUAUGGGAGCCAUCGUUUACUGUGUGGGGGUCAAAGAAUUCAACGAGACCCAGCUUGCAACUAUUGCGGACACCGUUGAUCACGUGUUUCCUGUAUGGGGAGGCUUCCAAGCCCUGAGGGAAAUCACUGACUCUAUCAUCAAGAAGUCCUGCAUUGAGAUUCUAGCGGCGGAGCCGUCCAGCGUGUGUGCAGGAGAGAGUUUCCAGGUGGUGGUAAGAGGCAAUGGGUUUCUCCAUGCCAGAAACAUUGACCAGGUCCUCUGCAGCUUUAAACUAAAUGAUACACUCACUGUGGACGAGAGACCAGCUGGAAUAGAAGAUACCUUCCUGCUCUGCCCUGCUCCUGUUGUAGAGGAGGUCGGGAGAGUAAUCUACCUGCAGGUGAGCAUGAACGAGGGCCUUUCCUACAUCACCAGCUCUGUUCACAUCACCACUACCGAGUGUUUUGACGGCACCAUCGUGCUGGUGUCGUUGCUGGUGGUGUUCCUGUUGUUGGCGCUGCUGCUGAUGUGGUGGUUCUGGCCUCUCUGCUGCACUUUGGUGAUCAAGCAACCUCCACCACCUCCUCCCCCAGAGCCAGACUCAGAUGAUGAAGACGGGAUGCCAAAGAAGAGGUGGCCCACAGUGGAUGCGUCCUACUAUGGAGGAAGAGGAGUGGGUGGCAUCAAACGCAUGGAGGUGCGCUGGGGAGAGAAAGGGUCCACCGAGGAAGGCGCGAAGCUGGACAAGCCUAAAAAUGCAGUAGUAAAAAUGCCAGAGCAAGAAUUUGAACCGUAUGAGCCAAAGCCCCGAAAACCACCACGUCGCCGCCCGCUGCAGACGAAGUGGUACUCCCCCAUUCAGGGGAAGCUCGAUGCUCUGUGGGCUCUGUUCAGGAGAGGUUACGACCAGGUAUCUCUGAUGAGGCCACAGCCUGGAGACGAGGGUCGCUGUAUUAGUUUUCAACGGGUGAAAGACGGGGAGUCCGCCCCAAACAACCAGGCUCCUCCUCACCCGCAACACUCUCCCCUGCCGCCGCCGCCCUCUCCUCCUUCUGCGCCCGCCGAACAGCAGCCUCUGGUCUCCAACUCGGUGCCCCGUACAAAGCCUCCGUCGAGGGGGCCCCGCACCACGCCGCCUUCCCGAGCACCCCCUUCCGUGGUCCAACUACCUCCAGGUCCACCCCCAACUCGGGCACCCACAGGGCCCCCGGGACCCCCGCCAUCUCGACCCCCGCCAAGGCUCUGACAAAGAAAACAACUGAUACAUCAACUCGGUGCAUAAAUCACUCUUGUGCUUCUUUCACUCCAGAGACAACAGAGAGGCAUAACAUCGUAGAGGCCAGGAGCUCUGUGCUUUGUUGCUGGACAGCAAAAAAAAAAAGAAAAAAAUUUAGCAGAUGCCAAAAUCAGCUUUUAGACUAAAAAAUAAAAUUCAACAAACGUGGUAGCUUGAUUAAAAACGCAUGUAUUAUCCAAUAUAAUGACUUAAGUGGUAAGAAGAAGUGCAAUCCUUUUGGGGGGAGAAACCCCCCCCCAAAUAAAGGAGUUGAUGGUUACGUUGUGGCAAUUUCUGUAGUGCUGGUAAAAUAGUUUGCUUUGGGUUGGUAGAGAUUAAUAAUGUCGAGCAAGGACACGGCAAAAAAUACAGCAUGUAGUUAAAGACGAGAGCAACAAUGUCGGUUAUGUUUUGGUUUGCUAAUGUACACAUUUAGGUUGCCAAAAUCAAUUUUAUACCCAAAAUAAUUUGUCAAUGUUCAGUGCUUUAAUUGCAACUGCAGGGCAGUUUCUUCAAAUAAUUUAUUAUAGUAAGAUCUCCACCUGCAUCUGUUUUUUAUUCCAUGUCAGGUGGCUUUUUGGGGUAAUUAAUCCUUUUGAGGUAGGUUAUCAAGACGGAUGUAAAGCAGCAUUCUGUAAUGACAUCGGAUGCAUUUGUGCUCUUAUUUGCAUCAGGUGGAAGAUUGCAUUGAAAAUCUGUAAUAUUGGAUUUACUGACUGAAAUGAUCAUUUGCAUUAUUUCUUUAUUAACCUUUUGUGUCUGACUUCAAUAAACUGAAGGGUUUUCUGUC